GCCCCGCCCCGAGGCGCGGCCCGGGAGCAGGAAGCGCGGCGCGGCGGCGGCGGCGGCGGCGUUGGGAUGGACCCCCCGGCCAAGGAGGGGCAGCUCUACGUGCAGCACAGCCUCAAGUUCGGGGCCAAGCGCUGGAAGAAGAGCUGGUUCGUGCUGUACCCGGCCAGCCAGCACGGCGUGGCGCGCCUCGAGUUCUUCGACUGCAAGGACCCGGCGGCGCCGAGCGAGAAGCCGGGCACCAAGCGGCUGGACAAGAAGAUCGUGCGUCUGGCCGACUGCGUGAGCGUGGCGCCCGCCAGCGAGAGCGGCCCCAAGGAUGGCACGGCCACCUUCUGCCUGGAGACCAGCGACCGCAGCUACCUCUUCGCCGCCCAGAAGCAGCAGAGCGCCGAGUGGGUGGGGAAGCUGUGCGAGAUCGCCUUCGGGGGCAAUGCGGGCGGCGAGGGCCGGCUGCCGGGCGGGCGCAGCGCGGAGGGCAGCGCCGCAGCGCCUGCCCUGGAGAUGGCCGUGAAUUCCAUCUACUACUCACGGGACGAAGUGAACAGCUUCUGGGUGACAGUGCAGAGGACGGAGGCGGCCGAGCGCUGUGGGCUGUACGGGACCUACCAGCUGCGGGCAGAGCGCGACGGCCUGGCGCUCCGCGACCCCCAGACGAAGGAGACGCUCUACGUGUGGCCCUACCGGCUGCUCCGGAGAUAUGGGCGUGACAAGGUGAUGUUCUCCUUUGAAGCUGGGCGGCGCUGCAGCUCCGGCCCCGGGAACUUCACUUUCGAGACCAAGCAGGGGAACGAGAUCUUCCGUCUGGUGGAGGCGUCCAUCCGGGAGCAGAAGACGCUGGCGGAGGAGCACCGGCAGAGCUGCGACUCGCUGGAUGCGGACUGCCCCAGUGUCAUGCAGAUCCGCAGCACCCUGGCCGACUCGCUCAGCCUCGACCUCCCAGCCGAGGGCGACAGCCCUGCAGGCCCCAAGGCCGGGCUGGCUCCCCGGCUCAGCGCCGCUCCAGAGGAGAGGGACGCCCUGAGCCUGCUGAAGACCCGGAGCCUCCCGGAGCCCCCGAUGCCGCAGAGCAAGCCUGCGCCUACCAGCACACCCCCGCGCUCCCCGCUGCCCAAGGUGCCCCGGCCUGUGCUGCCCUCCGAGGACAUGUCCAGCCUGUACUCGGAGCCCCUGGACUCGGUGAAGGGCCCGCGGCUCUGGCUGGACCCACUGUACUCAGACCCCAUUGACAGCAAACUGGGGGCUGUGGGUAGCGCGCCGGGGCCGGGGCCAGGCUCAGGGCUAGGGCCGGCCCCACGCUGCAAGGAGCACAUCUAUGACGAACCCGAGGGGCGGGCGCCACGACCUCUGCCCGACACCAUCUGCAUCUACGAUGAGGCACGGCUGCUGGGCGAGGCCUGGCGCACGCAGGGCCUGGACGACCGGGAUGGCUACGAGUUCCCCUACAACCCCAACUCCGACUACUCGGUGCCGCCCAUCCAGCCCAAGGCAGGUGCCAAGGGCCCCAAGCCCAUCCCCGCACCCAAGCCCCAGGCUGCCCUCAUCCCCAAGGCCCUCGAGAAGGGCACGGACGCCAGCCGCAGGCGUGUGGCCCCUGCUCCCGACAGAGCCAGCAACCGCCCCGGCCUCAACAGCAGCAACAACAACAACAAGGAGGUGCUGUACAGCCAGGUGCUGAAGCCCCCGCACAGGCUGCGCCCGGAGCUGUGCGUGGAUGACGACAGCCUGACGCCCAUGUACGAGGACCUGGGGGAGAUCUGACCAGCCCUGAAGCUGGGCCGGCUGUGCCCCCGUGGGGGGGCCGGGGUGUGAACUGAGGGGCUGGGUGGGCACUGGCCUGGAGAGCUGUUGCGGGGCAGGGACAGGAUGGGGAAGCUGGUGACGGUGCCCACACCGCAGGGACACUCCCUCCCACGUGCUCUGCUGGGAGGGGCCGUGGUUGCUCAGUUCCUGGUGCCCUGGUCGGGGCAGUCUUGAGACCCCUCCAGUGCUUGGACUUGGACGUGGGCGGUUUCUCCCCCACAGUAUUUUUAUAAAGUUUUAUUUUGGUAUUAAAGUAUAACUUUUCAGG